UAGCAUACAACUUGAACUAGGAACUAACGUUAGGUACAUUACUUGACCUGCGAAUUAUAGUGAAUUAAAAGGGAUUGGAUUUAGUCGUCUAAAGUAACCUAUCUACCUAUCUACCUACACAUCCUUCAUAUAUCUCAAGCAAGUAUUAGGGUAUUCAUAUCAAAAACUCUGCUCUCAACGAACCAAGCUAUCUUUGGUGGAAUAGCAAGCACAGCACCAAAUCUAGUUGAUAUUAACGCAAAAAAAACAAAUAAAAAAACCAUCAGAAGAAAAAAAAAAAGAAAAAAAAAAAAAGCCAUGCCGGAACGCAAAACCUACAUAGUGGAGCACCUGGACCCGGAGCUCGGGCAGUGGUCGGAGCUCGAGUACGCCGCGAUCGCGGCCGAGACCCAGCGCGCCGGCAACACCUUCAUGCUGUCGUCGCUGCCGUCCGGGUUCGAGGUCCCCGCCAGGCUGACCGCCAUCCCGGCUUUCCGCGCAGAGAGGAGGGGCGUCGAGGAGAUGUACGGCGGGGAGGGGGGCGGGCGGGACAGGGUGUGCUUGCUGGAUCCGCAGGCCGAGAGGGAUUUGAGUCCGGAUGACAAGGGGGUCUUUGAUGUGUUCUUGUUUGGGGGCAUUCUGGGCGAUGAUCCGCCGAGGGACCGAACAUCGGAGCUCCGCAAGAAGGGGUUCAAGGGCCGCCGGCUGGGCCCCGUGCAGAUGACCACGGACACGGCGGUGCGGGUGACACGGAUGGUGAUUGAAGAGCAGUUCACACUAAACAAAAUCCCAUACACCGACUUCCCCGAUCUCAAGUUCAACGAGCACGAGAGCACGCAGAUGCCGUUCCGGUACGUCAAGGAUGAUGAGGGGAAUCCGAUUAUGCCUGAGGGCAUGGUAGAUUUGAUUAAGAAAGAUGCGGAUAAGAGUAUCGACGAUCUGUUCUAGGGUUGCUCGUUAAUCGAGCAUGUGCAGUAGAAGGAUAGGAGUCAAAUUCAUGCAUUGUCAUGGAAAGACAUGAUCAAUGAACUCGUUGAUACACCAUAGUGAUAUCUAGA